GGCAAGUCCAGGGGCCCUGGGAAGAGGGGGGCUGGGAGGGACCAGGGGUCUCUGGCACCCCUCCCCCAUCUAGCAGAUGAGGAAACUGACUCAGCAGCAGUGAGUGCCCUCCUCAUGGGGGAUGGGGCAGGUUUGUGCAGGACUAGGAUGGACGGGGCAGAAUCCCAGCCUGGAGGACGCUGCUGCCACACUUGUCACAAGCAGCGUGAGGCUGUGGACAGACAGCCGGCCUGGGGACAGGACACCUAGUCUUGACUCUGACUCUGCCACACGCAGGGUGACUCUGGACAAGUGUUGUCAUCCCUGGGGCCCAGCUGUUCCUCCUCUAUGAUGAGAAGAUUAAGUGUAUCUCACUCAGUUGUGUCUGACUUUUUGCGACCCCAUGGACUGCAGCCCACCAGGCUCCUCUGUCCGUGGGAUUUCUCAGUGAGGGGACUGGAGCAGCCUUGGAACUGUGACAAAUGGCCCUUAACCUCUCAACAGGAGGGAUGGAGCAGCCGCCCGGUGAACCGAGAGGCUUGGACAGCGAGCCCCUCAGCUGUGAAGAACAUUGGUUCCUGCAUGGAUCUCUAAAUUAUUCCAGUAUUUUGCAGUUGGAGCUCUUUUGUCAAGAUCUGGUCCUGAGCCUCAGCCCUCACAGGGCCCUGAGCCUUUUCCAGGCAUCUGACACAAUCCACCUCCGGAACUGGAUCUUUCUCUGGUGGGUCCUCAGGGAAGACCACUGCUGUACUGGUGACCGUGACCUGCCUGACCAUCACAGCACCAUGCCCACCCGGUCGACAUCCCCAGACGAUGAUCUCGUGUUUGGCGUGUGCUGCUGCCUCCGCCUGCCGCAGCUCUUCUCCACCUGCGUGGCCUUCUCGCUCGUGGCUGACAUGGGCAUUUGGAGAGGGGCCAUAGGUAACUGGUCCAUGUCCUUCUGGUGCAUCUGUUUCGCCAUGACCCUCAUCAUCUGCAUAGUCGAUUUAAGCAGGGCCGAUUCUGAAUUUCCUUUCUUCUGGUGCAACAUCUCUGUCACCUACGCCUGCUACGCUGCCCUCAUCUGCCUCUCGGCCUCCAUCAUCUACUCCAUCACCUAUGUCCAGUUCGUGCCUUAUGGUCCUUACAGGGACCGGGCCAUUGCCGCCACUGCUUUCUCCUGCAUUGCAUCUGUGCUGUAUGUCAUAGAGGUGGCCGGGAUAUGGGACUGUUAUGAGCUCCAGGAGACCUUCUUCUAUGUGCACACCAUGCGAGCCCUGCUGAAGGUGCUGGAGACCUUCGUGGCCGGUGUCAUCUUUGCCUUCCUCAGCAACACCUCCCUGUACCUGCACCAGCCGGCCCUGGAGUGGUGUGUGGCCGUGUACUCCAUCUGCUUCAUCCUGGCAGCUGUGGUCCUCCUGCUGGACCUGGCUGAAUGGAAAUACAUGCUGCCCAGGCCCUUCUCCAUUUUCCAGCUAGUGCUCAGCCUGCUCUCUGUCCUCCUCUAUAUCAGUGCUCUGGUCCUCUGGCCACUCUACCAGUUCAGCGAGGAGUUCGGCGGGCAGCCCCAGAGGUCCAGUGAUGAGGACUGCAUGGAAGAGCUCACCUAUGACAUGUGCACCUGGGACCAGCGCCUGGCUGUGGCCGUCCUGACAGCCGUCAACCUGCUGGUUUACAUGGCCGACCUGGGGUACUGGGCUCGCCAGGUCUCUGUAGGGACUGAGGACCAGCCCAGGGACUCACAGGAGGUAUCCUCACCGAACUCUAACAUCCUCUGAUGCCCUCUUCCUGGCUCGCUCUCUCCCUCCUCACAUCCUUCCCCAUGCAUCUCGCUCUCUUUUCUGUUCCCUUCCCUCCUGCUGCUCUGUCUCCUUCCUGGUUUCUUUGGUUGUUCAAUUUCUGUCUUGUCUCUUUCUCUUGCUUCUCUCAUUUUUCCUUCAUUUUCUGCUUUUUGGCCCUAUUCUGAUCGUCCUUAGUUUUCUUGUCUCCUGUGUCCUGACCACCUCUCCCCAUUUUCCUUCUUCUGAUCCAUCAGGACCUCAGACUCCUUCCUUCUCUGCCCACCACCUCCUAAGAUGCUGACUCCACAGCACACAGCCCUCUGUGCAGCUGAUCACACGCUGGGCCUCCGGAGGGGCCUCAUUGCCAAAGCGUGUCUGUGCCCCCGGCAGUGCCUCACUGGUGUGGCUGGGGAGUUUAGGGGAUGUGGGCAGAUAGGAAGGCAUUGGGCUUUUUUCUCCCAAUGGAGCAACUGUAUAGUGCACCUCCCCUUUAAGUUAAAAAAAACCUCUGAAGGUCAAUAAUCUCUAGUGGGUGAGAUUCUUGCAUGAGAUACUCUGGGUUCCUGGGCCCCACUUGGUGCUCAGUCCUCCAAGAGAUUGGCUCCAGAAUUUUUGCAGGCUCACUAAACAUCCAUUGCUUAGAGGGCAUCUUGGAGGAAGCCAGGGGUAAAUGCCUUCCAUCCCAACUACUCUCUGGGGAAUCCAAAAAAAAAAAAAAAAGCUGGUGAGGAACCCCAGGGUCUUGAAGACACCUGUCUGCAGUGUUGGUGAGGGGCAGCGAUGUGGUCCCCCUGACUCAGUGAUCAAAACAGCAGAUCCUGCCUCUACAGGGAGAACAUGGACACUGCCAACCUCUCUGGGUGUUUUGUUUUGAUUUUCCUUUUUUUCCUUCUGUUCUGGGGGCCAAAAAUUACUGAGUGACUCUGUUCUUCAAGAGAAAGUUUCAAAUUUUCUUGGGCGGGUGGUUUGUAGGGGGUGGGGGUUGCUGCUUCCAUUGUCAAAGGAACUGUAUUGUUGGGUGUGAGGGGACACAUGCGUGUGUUUUUCUGUGUCAGUUGCUUUUUGAUGUUGCUUCCUGCUUCUCUGGGACUCAGGCCUAAAUUGAACUAUAUAAAUGUGCACAAUUUAAAAAGA